AUGAGUGAUCAAUCAAAUGAAACUUCUGAAUAUAAAAAUGGCACUACGAAAAAUGGUGAUGUCAUCAAUCCAUGGGAAGUGAAAGCCGAAUCGAUGGCAGGAGUCGAUUAUAAUAAAAUAAUUGUCCGAUUCGGUUCAUCACAUUUGACGGAUGACUUAGUGCAAAGAAUGGAAACAAUCAUUCAACGUCCCGUUCAUCAUUUUAUUCGGCGUCGCAUCUUUUUUUCUCAUCGAGAUCUAGAUACUAUAUUAGAUGCUUAUGAACGACAGAAACCAUUUUAUUUAUAUACUGGCCGUGGUCCAUCAUCAGAAGCGAUGCAUUUAGGACAUUUGGUACCAUUUAUCAUGACAAAAUGGUUACAAGAUGUGUUUAAUGUUCCAUUAGUUAUUCAAAUGACUGAUGAUGAAAAAUUCUUAUGGAAAGAUCUUACACCGGAAGAAACUAAUCGAUUGGCACAUGAAAAUGCAAAAGAUAUUAUUGCAUGUGGUUUUGACAUAAAUAAAACAUUCAUUUUUAGUGAUUUUGAAUACAUUGCUCAAUGUUCUCAUUUCUACAAGAAUAUUUGUCGAAUUCAAAAAUGUGUUACCUACAAUCAAGUCAAAGGCAUUUUUGGUCUAACCGAUUCGGAUUCAAUAGGAAAAAUCGGGUUUCCUGCUAUUCAAGCUGCUCCAGCUAUAAGUUCUUCGUUUCCUUUUAUAUUCAAUGACAGUGCUAAAGAAGAAUUGUCUUGUCUCAUUCCAUGUGCUAUCGAUCAGGACCCAUUCUUUCGAAUGACACGUGAUGUUGCAUCUCGUCUCAAUUUUCCGAAAUGUUCUUUACUUCAUUCAAUUUUCUUUCCGGCUUUACAAGGUGCUAAAUCAAAAAUGAGCGCAUCCGAUAUGACUUCAUCAAUUUUUCUCACUGAUACAGCGGCUGAUAUUAAAGACAAUAUCAAUCAUCAUGCCUAUAGUGGCGGUGGUCAAACCGUAGAAGAACAUCGACGAACUGGUGGUAAUUGUGAUGUUGACGUUUCUUAUCAAUAUUUAAGAUUUUUCAUGGAAGAUGAUGAAAAAUUAGAACGUUUAAGAGGUGGUUACUCAUCUGGUCAAUUAUUAACUGGUGAAUUGAAACAAGAAUUGAUCGACGUAUUACAAAAGUUAAUUUUAGAACAUCAAGAACGACGAAAACAGGUCACCGAUGACCAAGUCAAACAAUUUAUGACACCAAGACCAUUGAAAUUCAGAUGA